UAACAUUAAGCGCUCUAUAUUUCUGUAACGCUACUUUUAGAUGGUGUUCUUUCAUCGAAUUGAUAAUUCUUCACCGUUCACCACCUCGUACAGAUGCUAUCCAGUUUCCUUUUUAGCCGAUAAUUUUCGUUCUAGCGUGGAAAAAGGAGGGAAAAUUAUCAUGCCUCCAUCUGCUUUAGAUGUACUUACACGACUGAACGUCCAGUACCCAAUGCUGUUCAAGCUAACUAACCAACAAGCAAACCGAACUACUCAUUGUGGUGUACUGGAAUUUGUUGCGGAUGAAGGGAGGAUUUAUGUUCCUUAUUGGAUGCUAAAAAAUCUACAUUUGGAAGAGGGUGGCCUGGUCUCUGUAGUUAAUGCAGCCUUACCUGUGGCUUCUUUCGCUCGUUUCCAGCCUCAGAGUACUGAUUUUCUGGACAUAUCUAACCCUAAAGCUGUACUGGAAAAUGCUCUUCGAGACUUUGCUUGCCUCACAGUCGGAGAUAUCAUUGCUAUCAACUACAACGAGCGUAUAUAUGAGCUUAAAGUGUUGGAAACGAAACCGAAGGAUGCAGUCACUAUAAUUGAAUGUGACAUGAGCGUUGAUUUCGCACCUCCAGUUGGAUAUCAGCCUACUGAUUCUGGUUCUUCGAGCAAACAAAGUGAUAAAGAUCUACAUAAGAUCGAAGAUCACAUAGAAAUCCCUUCAGUUGUUCAAGGAUUCCAGGCAUUUAGCGGUACAGGUUAUCGGUUAGAUGGAAAAAAUAAACAGGAUAGAACUGAUGAAACAGAUAAUGGUCAAUCAUUAGGGCAAUUGAAAGAAAGAGAAAGGGGUGUACCAAACUAUAAUUAUCGACCUGGAAGUUUAACAUUUUUCCGAAAUCUAAAACAAAUUACUGCAGAGGUUCCUUUUAUCAAAGAAAGAACAAUUGUAAAGUAGACUUUGUAGAUAAACUGGAUAGUUUUCAAGUAUUGUAUACAAUAGCAAAUUAUUAUCAUCCUUCAACUGCAAAUAUUUACUCGCUUCCUUAUGUGAUUGGUCCCACACGUAGUUAUAUUUAGAAACAUAGAAGAGCAACUCAGUGAUUUAAGCUCGUAUAUUCAAAUCACUAAAUAAUUAGCAGAUUUGGACCCAUCUCCACUCAUUUCUCUUUAGCCACCAUCCGGAUAAUAACUCUAUCCAUUGAUUCUCAUUCAGAAGAUAUGUUUCAAUAGCCGGUUAAGUGAGUUUAUACUUGGUUACCGAACUGCAUUAAUAUUUUCUAAGGGUUAAUCAGUAAUUUUAUUUCCUAUUCAUUUCAAGUUGUGAAUAGUUGAAUGGGACAAGAAAUUUUGUUGGGAUUCAUAUUACUAUUUACUUAACUAUUGUUUGACAUUUUCUAUAAUAUAUAUAUAUAUAUAUAUAU